GGAUAGAGUGACGUGUGGCAGUCGCUACACCGAGAUACACCGCGACGGUAGUCGCUCGCGCGUUUUCCCGACGGCAACUUUGAAAAAGUUUGAAAAGGUGCGUUAUAAAGGGAAGCACAUUACGAGUGAAUAUUCACUCGUAACAAGAUUGCAGAGAGAAAUCUUCAAACAAUUAACCGAGACUGAAGAGACUGAAACUUAUAUUUGAUGGCCGAAAUCUUCGACGGGAAAAGUUGUUGGACGACGACUGUUCGUAUCGAAGAUCUUACGUGGACAAAUAACGUUCGUGAUUUUUAUUACAUUUUGGUGAUCAAGAGUUCUCACGGCAUCAUGUUGCACGAGAUUUAAUAUAAUUUAUAUGCCUAUUGUUUUAUAAGUGAAACAUUUUGCAUCGAACAACUUGAGACUUGGUAUAAUUAAUCUGGGACUUGGGAUACGCAAUUUUUUAGAAGCCAAACUUUUCUUAAUAGAAAAUUUGUUAAUAAAUAAAAUAUUUAAACAUUUCUAUUAUUCGAUAAAAAAUAAAUUUUGUUCUGUUAAAAAAUUUUGUUUUAAAAACAAUUAAAAAAGAGAAUUUCGACUCAACAGUAUUUUUACGAAGAACAAGAGUGAAUCAUCAUCUUGAAGAAUCUCCGUCAAGUUUGUUGAUAAUUAAAACUUGGUGACUAUUCUAGAAAUAUAGAGAGAACAUUGAUAUCUUAUGAGAUUUUCUGAGGAACAAUUUUAAGAAAGUUUUAAGAAAAAAUUUACGCUUUCAACGAAGAAGCGAGUCAUCAGAAAGAAUCCAUCAAAUUUGCCGAUGACCAAAGUUUCGUGAUUUUAUGAAAGAAACAUUGAAUACAUUUGUAUCUUAUAAAACUUUUGAAGAACAACUUUAAGAGAAAAUUUAGAAAUUUGGAGAAAUUUUGACGAAGAACUCGAGUGAGCGAUUAGUUGAUCGAGCUUGUUGACGAUUAAAAGUUCCAUUCAGGAAAUAUAAAAAAAAUAUUCGUGCUUCGCGGAACGAUUUUGGCAAGAAGUUUGGACUUUCGACGGAGAAUGAGAGCGAGCGACGGUCUCGAGGAGUCGGUCCCGGGACCGACGGCGAAAUAAACCGGCGCCUUACACGGGAACAGGUCUUCACGCUCAUGCGGCGUCCAUCACGAUGGAGCCACGUGCGAUGAUGAUGUCGAACCUGUCGUGCGACGGCUGCGCGGACAGCGACCGGGACUCGGACAGCAGCAGCAUGAUCGUAGACCCGGUGAGUCUCGACAAGAACGACCUGUCGCCGCCGUCGCAGACGUCGUCGAGCCCGGUGAUAGCGAGCUGCUCGCCGGUACCGACGGCGACGACGCCGGCGCCAACACCGGCCGGCAGGAGUCGAAGCGGCGGCGGCGGCGGCGGCAGCGGACGUUCCUCCAAGAAAACGUACUCGAUGAUGUCGACGUCCAACGGCGGCGGCGGCGGUCAGUCGGGGAAGUCCGGCUCCGGUUCCGGCCAGGCGUCGUCCGGCUACGGUUCCGACAAGAUGUCGUCGUCCUUGAUAAAGCCUCCGUACUCGUACAUCGCGCUCAUCACCAUGGCGAUUCUGCAGUCGCCGCAGAAAAAGCUCACGCUGAGCGGCAUAUGCGAGUUCAUCAUGUCCCGCUUUCCCUACUAUCACGAUAAGUUCCCCGCCUGGCAGAACUCCAUCAGGCACAAUCUGUCGCUGAACGACUGCUUCAUCAAGAUCCCGCGCGAGCCCGGCAACCCCGGCAAGGGCAACUACUGGACCCUGGAUCCGCUCGCGGAGGACAUGUUCGACAACGGUAGCUUUCUGCGGCGCCGGAAACGGUACAAGAGGCCGCCGCCGCACUACGUGCUGCGGGAUCGCGCGAUUAUGGCGACCUUCGCCAUCUGCGGCGGCGACCGAGGCCCGUGUCCGGGCGGCGGCGGCGGCGGUCAUCCAGGCGCGCUCGCUUAUCCCGGCGCGGCGUAUCUGUCUCCGCCGCCCGGUCUGCCGCUGCUCGACUUCUCGCCGUCGACUCUCGAGGCGCUGAAGCUCGGUGGUUUUCUGGAGCCGCCGCCGCCGCUCUACAAACCGGUGCCCAUCACCGCACCGCCGAUCCGGCAGAUUGACCCCACGACCCCAGCCGCCGUCCGGGUGACGGCGUUGCCGGCCAGUCACGCGACCGGCAUCGAGAAGAAGCGCAACUUCAGCAUCGACGCGCUCAUCGGCAAGCAAGCGGGCAGCGAGCCGAAUUGCGGCGCGCUGCUGGAUCUCAGCCCGUCGGAGCACAGGGAGAUCCGAAGCCAAGCUUCCGCCUUCUCGCCGCUCGUCUAGAGACCAAGACGACUUUUCUCUUCGGGUCAGCGAAAGGAGGUGAUCGAAGGAACGGCUGUUCGAGAAACGAAGCACCGAGACCGGUUCGGUAGCGGCCCUUUGCGAUCUUCGCGUGGACACUAAUCAUUUUCGGGGGGCCAGCCAGAUAGCGUAACCAAGUGUAAACGCGCGUCAAACACGUGUCAUCUUAAUAACUGUUGCAAAACUGUUUCACCGUUAUCGUAACGAUUAUCAUGAAAUUGUUCCACUGCUGUCGUCACGCCAAGAGAAUUUCUUUCUCGCGGCGAAAAGUGAUCGGACUUUAAAGUGAAUGCUGAACUACAAAUGAAUGUAUCGAGAUCACAUUGGUGAACCGCGUGUCGCCGAUGACAGGCACGACACUACCGGAAUGUCCACCUUGGGAAGAUCCUUAAGAAUGACUCGAGAGGAAUUCGAAGUAAUCGCUCCGCGACGGACGAUUCGCUCCGGAAAUAAUGGUAAUUGAUGUCAUUUAGCAGAUACUUUCCCAUCGGUGUCCAAAUGAAUAUUUUAAUAUUGCAAAUAAAUACGAUAUAUCGACUCACAAUUCGGAAUUUAUUUUUUUUUUAAUAAUUUAUUUGUACAAAAAUUUUGUUUCAAUAACUUAUGCAAAAAAAAAGUGUUAAAAAUGAUUACUUAAUCCAAUUAUAUGUUUAAAUAAAUUUAAGUAAUGUUGAAUCAGUCCAAGUUAUUGCAUUCAUCACAUCGUUUAUUUGUUUCAGCAUUGUCGUCUGUUCAAAUUGAUUAUCAAUUAAUUAGAACUAUAAGAUUUAUGAUUUACUGACUCAAACAUGUCAACAAAACCAUAUUUUUGUUUCAAAUUAUACGAAUAUGUUAAUAUUACUGAAACUCGAUAUGUGAACGCAUAAAUAUUUGAAAGAAAUGAUUGCGAACUAAACGUGAAAGCAAAAUUUUUGCCGCCUCUCUGAUUUUUUAUAAAAAUAUCAUUUUUUCCGUUUGUACCGCGAAUGUUCAAUGUUUUUAAUGUUCAUUUGGACAGGAUUUGUAAUGGGAUUAUCAUAUUCGACAUUGCGUUUUGUGAAACUUUCACGUGAGAACUCUGAAAACUCAAUGAGGGAGAGAGAGAGAGAGAGAUACUCGCUUCACAUGUAUCAGCCGUACAUUUUCACAACAAAGCACUCAGCGUGAUCGCAGAAGAUAAGAUAAAAAUGCGUGAAAUUCAGGCGUAAUCUGUGUCACCUACAAUCCUAAUUUUUUUUCAGUAAGAAAAAAAAGAGACUCGUAUCGCAAUCAAAUCAAUCUUGGAAUGAAAUUCCACAGACGGUCGUUUCUUAUCGAGUAACCGAGACACAUCGCAGAAACUAUAGACAGACGUAUGAAUCGAUUUAAUGAAGAUGUAUAUCGAGGAUAAUAGCGUGUAAUAUGUAUGCGCAUCUUUGUAAAAAGGCGUAGUGCAAUAGCAUAGUGUUUUCAUUUAACGCGUCCCGCGCCGCUUCUUUAAAAUGACUAGUGGAAGUAGAUGCAUUUAAAACACAAAGCGAUACAAAUUUGGAAAACAGACUUCUCGUCUUUUUCGUAUUAUAAAUCGUUUUAUAAAUCGCUUUGUUUAUAUAAAACGUGCACAGCGUGAUAUAAUAAAAUCAUAUUAAUUCGUGGCUAAUAUAAAAUUAUACAUACUUCAAUCUGUUCUCUUAAGAGAAGUUUGCAUCUACAACAAACUAGAAUUUUUUCGACGAUGGUGAUAUUUGCUAAGAAAGUCCACCUUCUCCUUUCGAUUUAUUUUGUUCGGUCAAUUAUUUUGCCGAGCGUGAUUUACUAUGAACACACGUACCGUGAGUCUCCAAUCAGCAAACAGAUGAAUUGAACAAUAAUGUACUUCCACUUGUCGGACGAGCUAUCGCGAGCUCGUUUGUGCGAAUAAGUUGCCCGCGUUCCCCCUGAUUUCACUUUCGUUCGCCCAGAUCUGACGGUUAGGCGAACUUAGGCCGCUUUCUACAUGGUCGAUUAAUAUCGGCAUUGUAAAUACGCGUCCCGAACAAAUAUAUGCGCAGCACUCUGUUAUAGUGGGGAGCACCUUUCUCGUCGGUGGAUUUAAUGCGAAGUCGCCCGCGUUCUCCCCAUUUUAGCCGUAAGCGGUCAAGUAGACGUUUGGUGUACAUACAGCGAAUACGUAGCGCGAAUCCGUACGUAAUUGUGAAUAUCUAUAUGGCGUUUUACCGUUUAAGACACGCACUUUCCGUCUCGCGCGGUGAAGUGACCGCCGCUUUGAAAGAGAGUAUCCCUUAAUGACGCUUUUAACCCGUCUUGCAUCUUUCAUUGUGCGCUAUAAAACGAUGAAAGACAAAUUUAAUUUUCAAAAACGGGAAUUGUGCAUUGUGGAAAACGUGACGUUGACGAAAAAUAUCGAAUCAAUCGAAAGCGCGUUUAUCUCGAAAGUUUCGAAAAAUUCGAAUUGCAGAUCAAAAUUAAAUUUGGCAACAAGAUAGAAAAAAAAAAAAUUGUGGGAGGAACGUUGAAUUAAACGUUGAAUUUAAAUUUGCAACAAUCCUACGCUUUGCAUAACUAUCGAAGAGUGUAAGAUCGAUUAGUACACUAAUUCGAUGUUUACACACAAAGCAGCAUUAUUUUAAUCAAUGAUAAAAUAGUUUUAAAAAUUAAAGCUAGCAUGUGAUUUGUACGAUUUAUAUUUCGCAGCAAAAUUAAAGUCUAUCGAAUCCGCAUAAUUUUAAUGCAGGGACAAACAAGCCUAUUUCUACAUUGCGACGGUGAGUGUACUCGAAGUGUGAAAAGUCUCGUAACGAGCAAACGUUUAGCGAAUUUCAACGGUGAUACAUAUUUACGGUAUAUUUUACUAAUCACAUAUAUUUUUCAAUUGUUACGAGACACUGCGGCACUUCACUCUGUUCCUCCGCUAAGAGUAAGCAGCGAAGUCAAGAUACGUGUUUAGUUAUAGGCCUAUGCAUCCUAUCGUUAAAAAUCGUCUGUAGAUCUUAGUAAGUAUUGUAUGUGUCAAAAUGAUAGAUUUAUAAUAAUGUGUAAUGAUAAAAACAAUAAAGUAUCGUUAAGUAUA